GUUUUGUCUUCUGUUCCGUGUAUCAGUGUUGUAUCUUGUCAGUUUUGUUUGGGGAAUAAAAGUUUGACUUCUGGGUUAUAGAAGAAUAAAUCGGAUAUAUAAGGCUAAAGCGGAGAUGUGUAAAAUUUGUACUCUAGAUUUCUGAUGAAAUCUUUGAAUGGAAUAUGAUUCAAAUAUGCCCUAUCAGGAUAAACAAGGGCGCCUUUGUGGUUUCCUGAACAUUGAAGAAACUGAAGGCAGUGGUAGCUUCUUUAGAAGGUAUUUUGUGUUGGAUCACAACAAUGAAAAACUGGUCUACUAUAUGGAUAGCCCUACUAACUUGCCUGAAGCAUGGAAAAGUCCUGUAGGAGAGAUAUAUAUUCAUAAUAUUUCCAAGGUGAGUGAUGGUUUAAAACAAAGGCCCAAAGUUCAGUAUUGUUUCACUAUAACUGUGACAGGACGUCAGUAUUUCCUCCAAGCAGAACAAGACCCUGACAAAUGGAAGUGGAUAGAGGCCAUCAAAAAUGCCAGCAAAAUUACGGUACCAGAGAAAUCAGAUGGCUCAGUGGCCAAACAAAAAGAUUGGCAUGCGUGUGUAGAGCAAGAGGCUUAUAUUACAGAGAUUGCUGGCGGGGUUGUUUGUAAAAUGCCAGUGCAGAGUGCUGAUGCAGAGUGUGAAAAUAACUACGAGGAGGAAGGGUUAAGAAUCUCUCAGUUGUCACUACAUGGUCAAAGCUUCGGCAGGGACUCUACAGGCAGCAACCCAGAACUAGUCCAGUCAGUGUCCAAACCAAACAUAAAACCACUCAAAGCAGGCUAUUGUGUCAAACAAGGAGCUGUGAGAAAAAACUGGAAGAGAAGAUACUUUGUACUUCAACAACAAUUUCUUUCAUAUUUUAAAUCAGAACAAGAAAAACAACCACUUAGAACCAUACCAAUAGAUGAAAUUUUAGAUGUCCGCCAGUCUUCUGAUGGGGUUCAUCCAACAAGAGAUAAUUUAUUUGAAGUCCGCACAUUAAAGAGAAUAUUUUAUAUACAGUGUGAUACCCCAGAAGAUAUGAAAGGUUGGAUCGAUACAAUACAGUCAGCUAUGUCUCAGCGACAGAAACGUUUAGAAGAAAGAAAGUCAAUGCAAGAUCCUCAAAGUCGUCACCCAUUAGAUGAUGAGCUCAGUAGUGGAACAUACCCAUCCCCAAUAUGGCAACAACAAAAGCCUUCAUAAACAUCGGUUUAUGUCGGUGAGUUUUGAUCAUUAUUGUGGGCAUGAUUGUUGCCUCUAUGCACUUUUUAUCUAUUCCCUGCACACAAGACGUUUUAGAGUUCGUUGAUGUGUUGGUCUUUCUGUAAAAUUUACACACAAUUCACCACAGCAUUUGUUUUAUUGUUAAUUUUAUCACUUAAUAAAAGCUGAUUCUGAAAAAUUUUUAAAAUUUAGCAUUUAAAAUUGAAGGUUGAUGAAAUGGAAGCUGAACUUAAUAAUUAUGGAAAGGUGUUAUUAAAAGUAUUUUUUAAGCUUCUUAUUAGGCCCUGAGCUUCUGCAUUUAUAUGCUUAUUCUACUCUUCCCUGUUGUUUCUCUGUUGGUGUCCUUUUUUCUGACAUGCUUCAACCAUAUAUUCAUGAACAAUUGUCUCAGUCCAAUUUUAAAAAUUUUAAACAGUAAUUUUUUAAAAAAAUGUUUGAUUAAUUAAGAAUUAAAUACUUGAUACAAGCUUUUUGUGUUAAUUAUUUUAUUUAUAAAUUUUAUAACUAUCCAUAAACUAUUUUAAAUUUCCCAUUUCUGUUCAGUGUCUGAAAUGAAUCAUUCAGACUCAUUUAAUCUAAUUAUUAAAAAUAAAAACAUGAAACAUACCAAGUAAAUAUGACAUUUCCAGCUUUUUUUAUGGAAAGGGCCAGCUUUGUAACUUAGCUCCAAAUCUAUCAGACCUAUAUAUGCAAGUUUAAUCCUUUGAAGCAUAUUCACAUCUGGCUUUUCUCAACGCAAGUAACAUUUGUUUUAAGAUUUAAUCAACACAAAAUUUCUCUUUUCUACCGUAAACAAAUUACCAGAAAAAAUGCAAUGACCCGUAACUACAGUUUGCCUUAUUGUUUAUUCUGGGGGAAUUGGUUAAAAAAAUUAUUUAAAGUGUUAAUAAAUUGCAGGAUUCUAUGAAUUUUAUUACACACAUUAUUGUUUUACAUUUGAAAAGUCAGCUCAGCUAAGGAAUUUUCAAAUUUUAAAAAUAUGUUUAAUAUUAUUAAAAUAAUAAAAAUAAGUUUGACAUGAAAAAUUAGGCCUAUGCUUCAAAAGAUAUCACUUGUUAUUCCUGGUCAUGUGGUGUUUAAAAAUUACAGGGAAUGUUAUCCAGUGGUAAGUAUAUUACAUUGUAUUUUCUUGGUAAUUGUUGUACUAUUUUCCAGUACAUCUUUUCAGUAACUAUAUAUUAAUUAUAAUUAAUUUAAAUCAACCAAUCAGUAACUAUAUUUUACUUGUUUAAAUAAAUUGCAUGCAUAUAAAAAAAAAUAUUACAAUAUUUUAAACUAUUACUUUUAAUAUGCAGCAAUAGAUCUACCUAUUUUUUCACAAUGAAUUUUAAAUCUUGAACUUUUUGUCUAUUAUAUUAUUAUAUAAAAUAGCUUCCUUUUCCAUUAAAUUUUUUUACCCUAAACCUAAACAUUUCACAUUUUUUCA